GAUAGAAGACAGCAGCAUUAGAGCGCCCCAAUAGCCCUUUCUUGCUGUUCUCCCCGCAACUGGUGCAGUCCGUGUUGCAAAGCUUCUUCCCGCCGACGAGACUUUGCCGAGCUCCUCAAAAGCAUACCUUUGCGACUGCAGUAGCGAAGUAGCCACUGCGACGACUGUUCCAGCGAGGAGCUGUCGCUGCGAAUGCCAGGCAAUAUGUUCCGUCAAGCAUCAUCACGUCUUCUGGUCGCGGUCGCGCUGUGCGCCCUUGCGGGCCGCCUCGCACUCGCCGAUGCCCCGGCGCCUUUCUCCACGGUGACCCUCGCCGAUGGCAGCUCCUACACCUACACCCGGACCGAUGUGCCUAUUUCCGCCAAGGAUGCCACGGCUGCCUGCGCUGCUGCUGGCGGCCAGCUGGCGUCGCUGAGCUCGGCCGACCAGGUCAAGCAGACACUCUGGUCCCAAGCUGUGGUCGAUGCCGCCGUGGAGGCUGCGUCCGCGUCUGACGCGGUCACCACGCUGCACUGGACCGGCCUCAAGGUCACCUGGCCCAGCUCGCGUCGCAUGCUGCGCGCCGCGGGAGUAUCGGAUGCCUCGGACGACACCGGCGCCGAUGACCUGAUGGCCAAGCUGGUCGCGGAGAUGGACACCAGCGACGUCUCCGUUCCCACCAUGACCUCUGACGGCCGGCGCAUUCCCACCGAGGUCCGCGCGCACAUGUUCUUGCAGCACAAGCGCUCGCUGCUCUCCACCACCACCUCGAGCUGGAGCGCCACCAGCGCCCUGCGCGGGCUGCUGGGCACGGUGAACGACGGCACCGGCAACGAGGCCCCCUCCCUGCGUGGCGCCGUGCUUACCUGGGACGACGGCUCCUCAACCGACUUAGUGCUGUCCAACCCCGGCAACCUGGGCUUUGCCGCCUGCAACCGCAAGAAGGUCUCGGAGUGCUGCGGCGCUGUGUUCGACAUUGGCUCCGAGCCCUACCCCGGCUCCGACUUCCCCACCAUCUUCUUCUACCCCUGCGACGCCUCGGUGGCCAAGAUCAGCGGCUCCGUGGUGCCUCAGGGCUACACCUGCGUCAUCGAGCCCGUGGCGGCGCUGCCCGGUGACACCCCCAGCCCCAGCCCCUCGCCCAAGCCCGCCAAGGGCGGCAAGCACAAGUCGCCCCCGCCCUCCUCCGGCCCCACUUCCGCGCCCAAGAGCUGCAAGCCCGGCUCCGCCCCCGCCGGCACCGGCAAGGGCACCAGCACGGGUGGCCCCAAGAACGCCAAGAAGGGCGACUGCCGCGUGUGCCCUACCAAGACCUACAGCAGCGAUGGCACCGAGUGCAAGAAGUGCCCGACCGCCAAGGUCCGCGGCGCCACCAGCUGCCCGGGCGCUGCGCACUGAGCGCACCGGCACGGAGCGUCAUGACCACGGGCUUUCAAGGAGCUAAUAGCCGGCGCCAAGCUUUGCGCGGCAUCGGCAAACCGGAUUCAUUGUUUAUGUUACUGUAGUAGUAGACCAUUGAUCUAGUGGUGUGCGGCAAUCAGUGGCAGACGAGCCGCUAGCGUUCUAGCCGGGGCCCGAGGGAGCAGCGCAGGGUUGUGUAUGGAUGCGAAUUACAAUUGAAGGGACAGUCCGACAAGCGGGUUGUGUAUGCAAUGCGGCGUGUCGGGCUUUUUGAGGGAGGGGGGCGGGGUGUAGAAGGUGCGGGGAGCGCGCAAGCGCUCUUCGGCACGCACGCUGGCACAUGCGUGCAUAGAAGCAGUACGGGUUUCUGCUGCGAUACAGCCAGGCCCUUUACUGAUAGAAGGUAGCGUUGCUGAUGGCGCACGAAUUGAUUUGCAAGGAGCGGGUAUAGACGGGGGCACAUUGAUUGCAGCGCCCUGCUUAGGCGCAUUAGGCCCCCCUGCACUUCUAGGUACCCACAUGCAGAAUCCAUCUCUGUGAUGUGGCUAGAGACUGUCAUGACAAACACGCCGCCCUGAGGCAUCCAUGCAUUAGUAGACCAUAGUGGCUGUCCGCUGGAUGCCAUGCAGUUUCUCCUUAUCUAGCCGGGUUGUUGCGGCUUGCUGUUGCCACCGCCCCAAUUGGGCCACAGAACGUCAUCACGCUUACGGUAGUUGGAUUGAGGAGUGUCUAGAGGAGGAAUGCAAAAGGAGCUUGACGGCACGUGAAUGUCCUGGCAAAUUGGAGCAUAAGCCAGCAGCUGUGAAGGCACAUACCACAGCGUGUAAAUCUUGAUGUGC